AUGACUGCUCUUCGCUUUGUACGAUCUGUAUGGGAGUCCUUUCGGGCUACUUCGGGUCUAGAGCCUCGUCUGCUGGAUAAUCUCCAAGUUACUGCGGCACGACCCGGUACAGUCAACUUUGAACUGCUGAUCCAGAAGGAGCACACGAACCGACUGAAUAUCCUCCAUGGAGGCACCAUUGCAAGCAUGGUCGAUCUUGGCGGAUCUCUUGCAGUUGCUUCCCGCGGACUUUAUGCGACGGGUGUGUCUACAGACUUGAAUGUCACAUACCUUAACUCUGGGGGUAAAGUCGGCGACAAGAUUCUCGCAGAGGUGACCUGCGACAAAUUUGGCAAGACCUUGGCUUACACUAAUAUCCGAUUCACCAACGGCAAGGGUGAUGUUGUCGCAAGAGGAAGCCACACCAAGUAUGUCACUUUGGCUUGGAAGGACCCUCAGAAUAUCGUGGAGGAAAUCAACAAGCUCAAGUAA